UAAUUCUGUUAGAAGAGUCGUUACCCGUUAUAAUAUUCCCGCCAAAACUACGAAAUAGUCAACUGUCCCCUGUUUGCCUUAGCAUUGAACUUGUUAAUUAAUUCCAGAAAAAUUCAUGGCAUUUUUAGAAACGACGUGCUUAGAUUUUAUCAUGAAAUACGUCAUUUAUGCCAUAAUUAUUCUUCCCUUUACAUAAUCAUUCAUUCUUCAGCAUCUUAGAAUCUUCGUUUUUUAGUUUGUUUGUUUGUAGACUACUUCUCUCAAGAACAGAGAAGAGAGAGAGAAAGAGAGUGAGAUUUUUUUGUCAUUUCUAAUAUCUGAUCUUAUAUUAUAAUUCUUUUGAUUCUGAAGAUUGAUAAUUGAGACAAAUCUUCUUCCAAUUUUGAUCAUUAUUAGGGUUUCUGAAGGUUAAUUAGGUUCAAAUGGAGCAAAGAGAUGGUGCAGAAAAUGGAAAAGGAUCGUCUUGUUCACGUGUGAUCAUGAUCGCCUUAAAUGGGGGUGCUAAAAGCAAACAUAUUGUAAGAUGGGCAAUGGAAAAAUUUAUACCUGAAGGGAAGGUUGCAUUCAAGUUGUUACAUGUAUUCCCUAAGAUAACCGGGGUCCCUACCCCAAUGGGGAAUUUGAUCCCUCUUCCACAAGUGCGAGAUGAUGUAGCAGUUGCGUAUAAGAAGGAAAUAGAAUGGCAGCGGACUGAAAUGAUUCUGCCAUUCCAAAAGGCGAUCAACCUUAAAAAGGUUCAAGCUGAACUUGUGUUGAUUGAGUCAGAUGAUGCUGCAGUCGGAAUAGCUAAGGAGAUUGCUCAACAUGGAAUAAAGGAACUUGUCAUAGGAGCAUCUUCCAAUGGCUUGUUUUCUAGGAGAGUUAAAGGACAAUUACUGUCUUCUGUGAUCUCAGAUUGUGCUCCAAAAUUCUGCACAGUCUAUGUUGUUUCGAAAGGAAAGUUAGAGGCUUUGCGUCCAUCAAAUACAGAGACGAAUGGGAACAUUGUAGAAUAUGACAGUACUGCAACCAACUCUACCAACAGUUCAUCAAGAUACACAAACAGUACAUUCGACCCUGGAUCGACCUAUUCAGAGUCUCCUUCUGCCUCUUCUCCUGGGGUCAAGCACCCUGAUUCUCUUUCCACUGUGAAACAUGGAUUUAACAACAAUUCAGGGAUGGAUUCAACUGAACUUGCUAGUUUUCAAUCCGCUAAUACAAGGAAUGUAGAUGAUGUUUCGAGCUCUAGUUUCAAGACUGUUAAUGCUGACAAUGAGUCCUGGAUCACAGAUCAAGCAUCCACCGGGAUAUCUCGUUGUGGUCAAGCAACUGCCUCAAGAUCCCAAACAGCUUCAUCUGAAACACAGGGAAAUAUCAAUAUAGAGCUUGAGAAGAUGAGAAUUGAAUUGCGCCACAUACGCGGCAUGUAUUCCAUAGCUCAAAAUGAAGCAAUAGAUGCUACAAGAAGGCUAGGUGAUCUAAGCAAGCUAAGGAAUGAGGAAGCAACAAAACUCAAAGAGAUAAAUGAAAAGGAGGAAAAAGCCAAAGAGUUGGCAAAAGUGGAAAAGGAGAAAUUUGAAGCUGCAAAAAGGGAAGGUGAUUAUGCCAGGGAACGCGCUCAUAGAGAGGUGAUGCAUAGGAGAGAAGCAGAACAGAAUGCUGCACGGGACGUUAAGGAAAGGGAGAAGCUUAAGAACGUACUUGGAGAUCCUGUGUACCAUUACCAGAAGUUUACAUGGGAUGAGAUUGUAUCUGCUACUUCCUCUUUCAAUGAGGAACUUAAGAUUGGUGAAGGAUCAUAUGGAUGUGUGUAUAAGUGCAAGUUGCAUUACUCAACAGUGGCUAUAAAAGUCCUCCAUUCUAAGGAGGGUGCCAACAGCAAGCAAUUCCAUCAGGAGUUGGAGAUCUUAAGUAGAAUCCGUCAUCCUCAUCUGCUUCUUCUUCUUGGGGCAUGUCCAGAACAGGGUGGCCUAGUAUACGAGUACAUGGAAAAUGGAAGUUUGGAAGAUCGUUUGUUUAGAAAAAAUGACACACCUCCCAUACCAUGGUAUGAGAGGUUUAGAAUAGCAUGGGAGGUUGCAUCUGCACUUGCUUUUCUUCACAAUAACAAGCCGAAAGCAAUAAUUCAUCGUGACCUAAAACCAGCUAACAUCUUGCUUGAUCAUAAUUUAGUAAGCAAGAUUGGUGAUGCUGGUCUUUGUACAAUGCUUAAUUUGGAUCCAUCUUCACUUUCCACUUUGACCUUAUAUAAAGAUACAAGUCCUGUUGGUACACUUUGUUACAUAGAUCCUGAGUAUCAAAGGACAGGACUUAUCUCCAUGAAAGCAGAUGUUUAUGCUUUGGGAAUGGUGAUUUUGCAACUGUUGACAGCAAAACCUGCUGUAGGCAUAACUCAUGUGGUUGAAGAUGCUAUAAAAGGUGGUCGUUUAAUGCAGAUGUUAGAUAGAUGUGGAGGAAGAUGGCCUCUGAAAGAAACAGCUGAAAUGGCUUUACUAGGAUUGCAAUGUGCUGAGAUGAGGCGUAAGGAUAGACCUGAUCUGAAAAACAUUCUUCCUACACUUGAAAGAAUGAAAGAUAUUGCAGAAAAGGCCCGUAAUUUGGUUGCUAAGAUCCUAGUUGCACCACCCAGCCAUUUCAUCUGCCCUAUACUUAAGGAUGUAAUGGAUGACCCUUGUGUAGCCUCAGAUGGAUACACGUAUGACCGUAGAGCGAUAGAGAUGUGGCUCAAAGACAAUGACACUUCACCAACAACGGAUUUUCCACUGUCAAGUAAAAACCUGAUACCGAACCACACUCUUUCUUACGCGAUUACAGAGUGGAAGUCUAAAAGAAGAAUACGAAAUGGUAAUAACUAACUCGUAAUAAAAACAAGUGAAGUUUCUUGUUCUACAAUUUUGUAGAUGCCCUGCCCACAACCUUAUAUACGUAACCUUUUCUUAUAUGUAUAUUGUAUUAAUCAUGUAUAAUUGUAUAUGAUUGUUUGCUCUGAUAUUUAAGCAACAAAAAUGGUCAUAAUUGUAUAGUAGAAAUAGCUCCUCUUUGUAACUGAAACCUGAACCCUAAUAACAUCUUGAACAUAACCAGGUAGCUUCUUGUAAACCUUUUAUCUUUGUGGGAAUUUGGGGGGAUUUUUCUUUUUCUCCCCAUGUGUAAGUACAAAGGUUGAACAAUAUGUUGUACAUCUGAAAUUUUUCUUAUAUAUAAGUUCUAAUUAGGUUCCUAUAAA